AUGGAGUGUGAUAAGGGUAAGAAGAAAUUCAUAGAGAAAAUCGACUUACCUGAUUCCUCCUGUGUUACUAAUUCCAGUGACAUUUUAGCGGCCUUUCGAGAUUUUUAUAUCAAACUUUUUUCCGAGGAAGAUAUCGAUUUUGAGUUGGCUGACUCUUUUUGUGAUAACCUUCCCAAACUUAACGAACUUGAAAUGUCAAUGUGUGAAGGCCCUAUAGGGAAGGAGGAAAUAUUAGCUGCUAUCAAGCAUAUGAAGAACAAUAAGUCCCCUGGUAGUGAUGGUCUCACUAAAGAAUUCUAUCUUACUUUUUUUGAUUUAUUAGGAGAUCAUCUUGUCACAUUAUACAAUGACAUUUUUCAGAAGGAAACAUGCUGUGACUUAUAUCAAUUAAUACCGAUAAUAGUCAUUUCAUACUUACCUGGUACAGGGGCUACCGACAGUAUGGAUGCCGCUAACGCCAGUAUGACGCAUAUUGACCUUGAAGUUUUGCAACGCUCCGUAAGAAUGGUUGUUUCCGGAUCCAGGAAACACUCCGUCACUAGAUUUGAAGUUGUGAAAUCACUUCUGUCUUCAGGUUUUGCUGGCGAAAACAUCGUUUCAGUUUUCAGGUGCGAGGCACCGAAUACUUGGUUCGUCACGGUUACGUCCCGGGAAGUGGUUGACAACAUCGUAGAAAAUGGUCAAAUGAAAGAGACGUAUUUCACACUAUCUCCAGAACGGUGUGACCAACGCCGCCUCUCAAUUCGAGUACAAUGGCUGCCAACCUGGAUAGAAGACGAAGCUAUUGCCGAGGAUUUUAAUGAAUUGUACGGGAAGGUCAUACGUAUAGGUAGAGAGACAACUACCAUAGGAGGUGUCACUCUAGAGACAGGUACCAGAGAAAUCAUACUGAUGAUUAGGGAGGGAGAUCAAGACAGGAUCCCGUAUAGAGCUCGACUCUUUGGCAAAGUGGCGCUGAUUAUGGUUCCUGGAAGACCACCUAUUUGUUUAAGGUGCCAACAGAUCGGCCAUGUUAGGUCACAGUGCCCUGGAAGACCAGAGCCAACGACUAGGGCUACAUACGCCAACAAAGCGCAGGCUACAAGCCAGUCCGCGGUUGAAAUCCCCCCAACAGGAACUGUGGCACAGCAGGAGGAGUCGGAACCGGCUAUCAGCAAGGACGAGACUGCGAGCCCCUCGUCCGGAGGGAGUAGUAUGGACACUUUUUCUGCAAAACGCCCGGGGCCCGUCAUCGACGAGGACGGCUUUCAGAGGGUAACGAAGAAAGGAAAGCAUUCGGCCUCAUCUCCGGCAUUUCUCUCUAAUGGGGACUUAGUUCCUGGACAGAGGUGUUCAGAAGAUCGGAGCGAUUCAGAUAUGUCCGAAGACGAUCAUCUCGUUAUUGACGAGGGUACUCUUUAG